UGGACGUGUUAGUCGAUUGCUCUCUCUCUCUCGGUCGCCACCCACCUGAGACCGCCACGUUCGGUCGUCGUCACACCUUCUGCCUUUCCUUAACUUUAAAAAAAAUAUACAUAUAUCUAACCAUACAUUUAUAAACACAUUAAACCUCAAGCAUAUCGAACGUUAUAAUACCCCGUGCUACCAAACAUCCACACAAUAAUUGGUUCUUUAUCUAAAAAAAAAAAGCGAAAUAAAAAACGAUGACAUCUUGUAAACCGAAAACGCGUAUUCUCCGAGAGCGAUAAAAAAAAAAUACACAAUUAACCGCUGGACUUCGUGGCGCCCCAUGACAUCUCUCCGCCCGGCGUGACUUCAACUGGCUUGGGAAGUGAAAAGCGAACGGCCGGCAUCAUAGUCAAAGGGGGCAUUCAACCCUGAACUUUACGGACGACUGAAACUGACUGAAAGCCUCAUGUGAAAGGACCUACUGUGAUGUCUCCACUGCCAACCACAAGACAAUUUCCACCACAAUCUGUACCACUGCGGGGCAUCACACACUAGUUGUCACUCGCCAUAUGUCAUUACAUGCCACCUGUCACCGACGUGCUAAGUGGGUGAGGGCCAUCUUCAAAGAGAGUGGACUGAAAGAAAUAACCAUUAUAAUACCGAACGAGAAUAUUGAAAGAAAGAGGCACUAGAGUAUUGAACGGGAAUAUCGAACGAGCCUAUCGUACGAGAAAGAAUAUCGACCGAGAAUAUUUCGUCUUCAGCCAAGUUCUCCGAGUAAGGGUAACUGUCCGUCUUGAGGAUAGUUUGGCCGAUCCUCAGGUAUAUUUCAACCCCGAGAUCUGUUACAAACGGUUGGCCAGGCGAUCUGCAAAGGAAAGCUUUAACGACCGCUCUCUUCCUUCCUUUGUAGAGAGCGUAGACCCAAGGGAUUCCAAGAUUUUUUUCCCCUCCAGGCGUGGAGAACGUUCUUCCUCAAACCGCAUAGUAGUUCAAACUUCUCCAUCCGCAUGAAGUAGAGCGAAGUUUUGUUCCUUCAGCCGCAUAGAACGUGGAGCGAAGUUAUCUAUCUUCCUCCUCAUAGAACAUCAAGUGAAGUUUUCUCCCUUCAGCCACAUAGAACACGGAGUGAACUUCUCUAGCCUCAUAGAACGUAAAGUAAAGCUUUCUUCCUUCAACCGCGCUCCUCCUCCAGCCGCAUAGAACGUCGAGUGGUUUUCUUUCGCGAACAGCAAAGAAAGCAGAACGUGUAGCGACGUUCUCCCUCUCCCUCCGAAGAGAACAGAACGAAAAAUUCUAAAUAUCUUCACCUCCUGAAAAAAAAAACCUUCCCGAAAAGCAUAAACAUCAACAACAAAAACCGGUAAAGGACAAGAACGAAGGAAAGGGAACGGCGAGAUCGUACCGGAGGCGUCGCCUGCCGUUCACGUUCCUCCCAGACGCUGUAUGUGAACGAAACUCUCGGAAAACAGAGGGGAUUAUAAAGGAAAAAAAAAAAUGGAUCAAAAUAAUGGAUUCUAUUGUUCGCCGCCGUAGUCGGAGUGAAGUGAGAAUGCAUAAUUAGAAAAAUAAAAAAAGACGAGAUCAUGUUGCACGCGAAGAAGACAUAGGAAACGAGGAAAACAAAAGAGAAACGAGAUAACUGGUUUUAAUCAGAAGAACGUUCCGACGAGCAUUAGUGAAGGUGCAGGAGGGCAUAAUGGUGCCGCAACCACACACACUGAAGCUGCUCGCCCUCUCGCUCGCUCUGGCUCUCCUGGCAGGACGUCCGAGCGCGUGUUCUCGCACGAGGGCAUCGGGCACUGAAGGCGGCGGAGGCGGGCUGGGGAGUCGUCAGGAGGAGCUCGAGGAGUACCUGACUUCCGAAGGGGCGGGGAGUAGUCGGCAGGCCCUCGGUACGUCCCGUGAGGUGCAGGGGAACCAGGGGAACCAGGGGAUACCAGGAAGGAGGCAGGUGCCGACGCUACAUGUACCGUCAGCUCGUCAGGUACCGGGUUAUCAGCUCCCUGGUCACCAGGUCCCGAUCCUGCAGGGAGCAAGGCGAUUAGGAGGGCGCCACCGCGUAGCAAAUCAAGUGCCAGGUCACCAGGUAUCUAGUCUUCAGGUACCAAACCACCAGAUAGCCACUCGCCAAAUACCCAGCUACCAGGUACCGGGUCGUCGCCAGGUUUACCCAGCGGCCACGCCCCCGAGUCCCCACAGGAGGACGCGGAGGGGGAACCACCUGCAGUUCUACGGCCUCGAGGUCCCCGUCUACAAAUUCCGCGGGGAGGACGCUCGCCUCAAGUGCAACUACGACCGGAGGAGCGACCCGCUAUACAGCGUCAAGUGGUACAAGGACGACCACGAGUUCUUCAGCUUCAUGGCGAAGCGGAACCCUCCGAAGAAGACGUUUCCUCGCGCUGGCGUCGACGUGGACAUUUAUCGAUCGAACAACCACUUGGUGUUGCUGAGGAACCUGACCUUUGAAUCGUCUGGAAUCUACAAGUGUGAAGUGUCAGCUGAUUCGCCUCUGUUUCACACUUAUUACAAUGAGAGUUUGAUGGUCGUUGUGGAGCUCCCCGAAGACGGCCCGAAGAUCUCAGGAGGACAGACGCACUACGCACAAGGGGAGACGGCGAGGUUCAACUGCACUUCAUCGCGUAGCAAGCCCGCUGCCGAGCUCACUUGGUACAUCAACGAGGAACCGGCCAAGCUGAAUUACUUAGUGCCAUAUUACCCAUACGAACACGCCGACGGACUCAUCAGCAGGAGGCUCGGUCUGUCGUUCACGGUGGAGAAAGGUCACUUCGAUGAGGGAGAAAUGAACCUGAAAUGCGAGGCGGUAGUGGCGGCUGUCUACGACCCGGUGGGACAGGACGAAACCAAAGUGAUGGAGAGAGACCCCGUCGUGUUGGAGAGAGGAGAAGCUGCGAUAGUCGUUCUGAGCGGAGCAUCUGCAGUGCUGCCAACCUAUGCGACAGUGUUGGUGCUUGUCGUCCUAACAGGGGAACAAGCCGUCACCUAAACCCGGUUGGGAGAGCGUUAGUUUGUCCUAUGCAUAUCUCUCGCUGUAAGGGCAAGAUAAUGAUAGGCACUGAGCAUUUCACAAGGUCGUAGGCUUCAAGUAACGCGUCAUUUUCCUGUUUGUAGAGAUUUAUAAUCAUGCAGAGCGCAUGGCCAUUCAAAUCCCCGUUGACGGUAGGGAGGAGUGAGCCAGUGCGCAGGCGUGUCCAGGACAGGGGUGCCAGCCACCUUCCUGCACUAAUGUCGCCGUCGACUUUGCUGCCUUGAAAGAGAGAGAGAGAGAGA